AUGUUACCUUGCUCUUUUUCUGCUUCCCGCUUGUCAGGAUUUGGUGGGCUUGAAACUGCAAACUCCACCGCCAGCGGGUUUAAUUUUGGGGGUUUCGGAUUAACUGCUAAUCCUGCAGUGAAUUUUAAUAUUGGGAAUUUCGGUGUUUCCACUACCUCAACUCCACCAUUCAAUUUUGGUAACAGUCUGGCAAGUGCAGGUGCAUUUGGAGGAUUUGGGACAACUACCACCACUGCGGGGUCAGCGUUUAGUUUUUCUGCUCCCACCAACACAGGCACCAGUGGACUCUUUGGUGCUACCCAGAACAAAGGCUUUGGGUUUGGUACCAGUUUUGGCACAGGAACUGGAACUGGCUUGGGCACUGGGUUGGGAACUGGGUUAGGCUUUGGAGGCUUCGGUACCCAGCAGCAACAGACUACACUGGGGAGCAGUUUGUUCAGCCAGCCCACGCAGACACCUGCCCAGUCUAACCAGCUCAUCAACACAGCCAGCGCCCUCUCAGCCCCGACGCUUUUGGGGGACGAGAGGGAUGCUCUUUUGGCAAAAUGGAACCAGCUGCAGGCCUUCUGGGGAACAGGCAAAGGAUACUUCAACAAUAACAUUCCUCCCGUGGAGUUCACGCAGGAAAACCCAUUUUGCAGGUUUAAGGCUGUGGGUUACAGUUUAAUGCCCAACAACAAGGAUGAAGAUGGCCUUGUAGUCUUAGUCUUUAAUAGAAAAGAAAUAGACAUUCGAAGCCAGCAGCAGCAGCUAGUAGAAUCACUACACAAAAUUCUGGGAGGAAACCAGACCCUCACUGUCAACGUAGAAGGUGUUAGAACGAUGCCAGAUGACCAGACUGAAGUCAUCAUUUACGUUGUUGAGCGCUCGCCCAACGGCACUUCCAGGAGAGUUCCAGCAACGACCCUGCACGCUCACUUUGAGCAAGCCAACAUAAAGACGUCCCUGCAGCAGCUGGGGGUCACUCUGUCCAUGGCCAGAACGGAGCUUUCUCCGGCGCAAGUCAAGCAGCUCCUGCAAAACCCUCCUGCCGGUGUUGAUCCUAUUAUCUGGGAACAAGCCAAAGUUGAUAAUCCUGAUCCUGACAAGCUUAUUCCUGUGCCAAUGGUGGGUUUCAAGGAACUGCUGAGAAGAUUGAAGGUCCAAGAUCAGAUGACCAAACAGCAUCAAACCCGAUUAGAUAUAAUAUCGGAAGAUAUCAGUGAGCUGCAAAAAACCCAGACAACUACUAUGGCAAAAAUUGCACAGUACAAAAGGAAACUGAUGAAGCUUUCUCAUAGGACACUACAGGUAUUAAUAAAGCAGGAAAUCCAAAGGAAAAGCGGCUAUGCAAUUCAAGCGGAUGAAGAGCAGCUUCGUGUGCAGUUGGAUACAAUUCAGUGUGAGCUUAAUGCACCUACACAGUUCAAGGGCAGACUGAAUGAGCUCAUGUCCCAAAUCAGGAUGCAAAACCACUUUGGAGCGGUAAGGGCUGAAGAGCGCUACUACGUAGAUGCUGAUCUCUUAAGGGAAAUCAAGCAACAUCUGAAGCAGCAGCAAGAAGGCCUGAGUCACUUGAUAAGCAUUAUAAAGGAUGACUUGGAGGAUAUAAAGCUAAUAGAACAUGGGCUGAAUGAGAGCAUCCCCAUCAGAGGAGGCAUCUUCAGUUGACCUGUCAGAUGGCUGCUGGGGUUAAACAGAAUGUGUUACUUCUUGGUUCACCUUCCAAGGCCAAAAUCAGUGAGGUAAAAUAAAACACGCAUCUUCUAGAAGCAAUGGUGUAUUGGUUAUUAUCUUUAGAACUAGCAAAGCCUCUUCUAAGCUUUUGAACUUGACCUUUGGAAGGUUUAUAUUUUAUAAAGCUGUAUACGCUUUAAUAAAGGAAGGAAAACUGAAUCUGUUCAGAUACUGGUUUACUAUAAAAUUAUAUGUACUAUUGUACAUUGUUUCUAUUUUUUCACAACAGCAUUGUCUAAAAAAACACAGUGCUGGGGGAAUUGUUCCACUUGUGACUUGUUUUGUGGAAAGCUUAGCCUGCUUCCAUUUUUGUCAAAAGAACUGAAUUAAUAACAUUAUGUAAAGAGCUUAUUUAAAUCAUUACAGUCAUGUAUGUUACUUUACUGUAAGCCAUUACGAUACUAUGAUUUUGGGGGGUAAAUUGCAGGAAGUUGACGUUAUCGUUGCCCUUCCGUGGGCCUGCAAGGACUUGAAGGCUAUGUUGUUAUCUCUUUACAUACGUGACCUAUACAAAGCUUUCCUGCCCCUCAAUAUGCAACAGAAUGUCUAGAUGUCUUCUGCCUUUUUUAAUUUCUGGAGACUAAUAAAUUCAGUCUCACUUUGUCAAAA